CGGAUCCGAUCGAACCGGCCGCGCUUGCAUCCGGGAGAACACGUCGCCGGACAGGAUCGUCGGGGUCGUCUGUCGUUGACGACCGUCCUGGAUAGGAAACGGAAGAAGAGUGCCGACAUGUCGGCCUUGAACGCCGGGCCUUGUCGACCCGGGAUUAUACUCUGUCUGGCUGUUCUACUGGCAUCGCAAUCCAAUUCUGCGCCCGUAUACGACCACGAUACCACACAAGUAGCAGAAUACGAUGGAGCCACAGCCGGGUGCUACUACAACUUCCAACACUACGAUGAGGGCGAUAGAAUCGUCACGAACGAGCCAUGCCUCAACUGCACGUGUCACAAUCGAAUGCUGAUGUGUUACCUGAGGGUCUGUCCCUUCACGAAGGCGAUCGGCCAAGACUGCACCGUCGAGAAGCGUCCUGAUCAGUGCUGUCCAGUCAUCACCUGUCCCGAGGUGCCGGUGCAACUGCUCACCUCGACUACUAGCCCCCCAGCGACUUCCGGUUCCACGGCAAUAGGCUUCCACGAUAACUAUGGCUGCAACGUUGAGGAUCGGUUCUACGCGGACGGUGCCCAACUGCCUAUCGAUCCACAGAACCCUUGCGAGCUCUGCUACUGUAUCAGGAACAGGACCACUUGUGUCAUGCAGGAGUGCACUUUGCGCGUGGCUGGAUGCAGGCCUGUUUAUCAACCGGGAAUCUGCUGUCCUGUCAAAUACAAUUGCGAAUACGACGAGGAUCUCUCCACGACGGUUGAACCAACGCCUGGCCUGAUCAUGACCACCACGAUAGCCCCAGGAGCAACGCCGCAAUGCUACCACAAAGGAAAGGUUUACGAGGACGGUGACUUGAUAUACUUGACUCAGCCCUGUCAACAUUGCUAUUGUUUCCGUGGUGACAUCGCGUGCGCUGUUCAAGAUUGCGGAACACCGAUGAAGACUCACGGAAAGAACUGCACAGCUCUGCCACCGCCGGAAGGAGAGUGCUGCCCGACCACGUAUCAGUGCGAAGAUGACGGACAUGGUGGACUAGUGACGUUACCCAGAGGUGAGGAGCAGCCCGCGGAGGAACACGUUCUGGAGACUACAACGACGACCGCAACGGAAGCCGAGGAAGAAGCAUGGCAUCCUGAUACAAUGGAAGAAUCCUUCCCAGGUUCCGACAACGUCAUUCCCCAAGACCACGAGACCGCAAGCACUCAGCCACCCACCGAAGCUGCACCGAUCACGGAGGAACCCAAGAAAGAAACGUCGCAAGGAGUUCCCUCGGUUGAAGAAACUGUUGCUCCAGAGACCGCGACGACUGAGAAAGAAACUGCUACCUCGGAGGAAUACGCGACAGAGGGUGCUCCAUCUGCAACGGAAGCCAGCGCUGCUAGGCCAACUGAAGCUCCUCGGGAAGAAGAGGGCGAAGCAACGGAAGCACCGAUCGUCGAAGAGAAGGGUGAAGAAAUAGCUACUACGCCUGCUGAAGAAACUACUCAAGAGGUCACGGAAACAUCGGUUUCUCAAGAAGUACCGGAAUCUUCCUCGCCGAAAUUGGAGGUUACACCGGAAGCAGCGACUACGUUGAAAGCGGAAGAAGAGCAACAGGCAGUCACCGAACAAGGAUUACCAGAGGGACAAACCGAAGGCGAGGAGCAGAAGGGAGAACAGCCUGAGGUGCCGAGCACUGAGAGGGAAGAAGAAGCUAGACCAACGGAAGAGAGCGUGACUGGUUUGGAACACGAGCCGAGUGCUACUGAAGCUACCCUACCUAAAGAGGAGCAACCUGUCGUCGAAAUCGAGAAACCUACGCAAGCAGCGGAACUGCCAGAAGGAGAGAAGGAAACGUCUGCUGUUCCCGAAGCAGAAGCAACGACGGCUGAGAGCUUGGGUGAGGAGCAAGUGACGGAAGCAGCCAAAGAAGCGGAAACUCCUGUAGCUGUCUCAGAGCCGGAACAGAGAAUAUCGACAGUGGCACCUAGCGAAGAAAAACCGGAAGAAAUCGCCACACCCGAAGCGGAAGCGGCUACUGAGAAACCUGUUGAAGAAGUUCCAAGCACGGAACAAGUUCCUGAACAGGGAGGAGAAGAAGCGAAGACACAGCAAACGCCCACGGAGGCUAGUGUCUCAGUGGAACACGGCACGGAAGAGGCAACUACCGAAAGCGCAGUAGAACAGAAGACAGAAUUACCGGUACACGAAUACAAGCCUGCCGAAGAACUACCCGGUGUAGCACCCAAGAAGGAAGACACGAUUCCUCCAGAAGCGCCGGAAACUAGCCAACUACCACCUGUAACCGAAGAGCAUCACGCGAAGGAGGAAGCACCCGUGACUCCGGAACGUGGGCCACCGAGUAUUUCCAUCACGGAACGUGUACCCGAGAGCAAAGCAGAGGACCAGGAAGCUGUGACAGAGGUUCACAUUACCGAAGGCUACGUAGACAUGAAGCCACCAGAGUUCCAUAUUCCGAGCAGUCUUGUGACUGAAACUCCCGACAAGGGUUCAUCCACGUACCUGCCUCCAGUGCAAGAAACGACUGCCCCCGAUCAGUUGACGGUACCAGCCGGAGAGAAAUCCACGACGGAACCUCAGGUCCCAGGAGAAGUACCUUCACCCACUUCGAUGGAGCCAGAAAAGGCUGAAGAAGCUAAGCCUUCGGUUACGGAAGCUGGUCAGACUCCGGCUGAAGAGAAACAGGUAACGGAAGCUGCGCCUGGGAGCACGGAGUCUAGUCCUGCUGUAGAAAUUUCCACGCAGCAAGCGCCAACGAAGGAACAAACUCAAGAGACCGAACAACCCAGUCUGCCAGAGGAACAGAGUACCGAGUCAUCGUCUUCCGAAGUUUCACCCACGAAGGAGACUUCGGCGGAAGAAUUGCCCACCAAGGGACUGACUAUCGAAGAAUCUGGAGAGACCUCUUCCGAGGAAGUGAACGAUUCCAGCGAGGAAGUUUUCCCAUCCAAGGAGAAACCGAGCGUGGGAGGGGCAGAGGAAGAGUCCGAGGAGCAGCUAACCGAGGCACCGGUUCAGACGCCAGCCGAGGUACCGGUAACCGAGCAGCACCCAACUGAGCAACCAGCUGUCGAGGAACAAACCGCAGAAGCUGAGACCACGAGACCCGAGGGUGCUCCAGUGACUCCUUCAACGGAGGCUCCACAGGUCGAAGAACAGGCCACGGAAAUCAGUGCAGCACCUGAGAAGGAACCUACCGCUGGGGAAGAGGAACACGCCACCGUUACGCCAGAGGAAGCUUUGCCAAGCGAGAAGCCUAGUGUCAGUUCGGAAACACCCGAGGUACAAGUCACCGAGAAACCAGUUAUUAGCGAGGUAGAAGUUCCCGUCACUGCCAAGCCUGCUGAGGGUGAAGAAAUUAGCACGACCCAGGUGGCUGUCAGCGAGGGUGCAGAAGGAAGCGAGAAACCUACAGUUGAGGAAGGGCUGAAAGAGGUAACUACUACUCCAGAAAUCGAGGGCUCGUCGGUGAGCGAAGAAACGACAGAGGCUGAGAAACCAACGGAAGGUACUUUGACGGUAGAAGUUGAACCAACACAGGAAUCGAUGGAGAAGGGGACAGAAGCGCCCGAGUCUAUGGAGCAACCUGCUGUUGAACAGACGGAAGAACCGAUAACCAAAGAGACCCCGACGGAAGGACCGCAAGAAGAAGGAAAGGUAGAAGCACCAUCGAAGGAAGAAGGUGGAACGGAAGGACCAGUAGCUGUAUCUCCAUCCACGGAAGAAUCGGUGACCGAGGCAGGAUUGGAAAAAGAAGAAACUCGAACUCCGCUUGAACAGCACGUGCCAACUAAGGCUCCAAUUAGCGAACGUAAAGAGGAUGAGCACGUGAUUACGGAAAGACCGCCUGGAAAGGAAGGCGAAGAAGGCGUUCAGAAGCCAUCUCUUGAAGAAGAGAAGCCAACUGAACAACCUGCAGGAGGGGAAGAAGCGACUGCAGUGCCAGGAGAAGUCGAAGUAACUGGAAAGCCUAGCGAGGAAGAAGUAACCGGAAAGCCUAGCGAAGAAGAAGAACCUGGUGCGGAAAUUACGCCGACUGAAGGACCCCUUGAAGUGGAGCAACCUCCUGUUGAAGAAGCAAAACCAUCGGAAGAACCAGUUGAAGAGAUAUCGACCGAAAGGCCAGCAGAGGAACAACCUAAGGAAGGAGAGAAACCAACUGAAGCUCCAACUGAGGAAGAGAUACCUGCAGAAGAAGAAAAGCCAAGUGAGAUACCAGUCGAGGAAGAGAAACCAACGGAAGAGGAGAAACCAACUGAAGGACCUGUCGAAGAAGGAAAACCUGUGGAAGAGGAGACACGUACCGAAAGACCCGCAGAAGGGGAAAAGCCAACAGAAGAGGAGAAACCAACUGAAAGACCCGAAGAAGAAGGGAAACGCGCAGAGGAACCUGCAGAAGAAGAAAAGCCAACCGAGGAACCAACUGAAGCAGGCAAGGUUGCGGAAGAAGAGAAGCCAACCGAAGGUCCCGUUGCUGAAGAAAAACCUGUUGAGGAGGAAAAACCGACGGAAGUUCCGCUCGAGGAGGAAAAACCUGCAGAAGAGGAAAGACCAACAGAGAUUCCUACUGAAGAAGGAAAACCAAUAGAAGAGGAAAAACCAACUGAAGGACCUUUCGAAGAAGGCACACCGGUGGAAGGGGAAAAACCAACAGAAGGUCCAAUCGAAGAAGGUAAAACUGCACAGGAAGAGAAACCAACGGAAAGACCUACCGAGGAAGCAAAACCAGUAGAGGAAGGGAUGGUUACUGAACAACCCGAACAACCUGUUGAAGAGCAGAAGCCAACUGAAGCAGCUGUCGAAGAACAACCUGUCGAAGAGCAGAAGCCAACUGAAGGAGCUGUCGAAGAACAACCUGUCGAAGAGCAAAAACCAACUGAAGGACCUGUUGAAGGAGAACAACCUGUCGAAGAGCAGAAACCAAGCGAGGAAGAAAAACCGACUACAGUGUCCGCGGAAGAAGAAAAAUCUAGUGAAGAAGGUAUAUCAACUGAAGCACCCAGGGAGGAAGAGAAACCAACUGAACAGCCUACUGAGGAAGAGAAGCCUAUUGAAGAAAGACAGCAAACUGAAAGACCAAGUGCAGAAGAGAAGCCUGGUGAGGAAGCAGAGCCAACGGAAGAACAAAGGCCGACUGAGCAGCCUACGGAAGAAGAGAAACCAAGUGAGAAGCCAAUAGAAGAACAGAUAUCAACUGAGCAGCCAGCAGAAGAAGAGAGACCAAGUGAGCAACCGACAGAAGAGCAGAAGCCAACUGAACAGCCAACAGAAGAAGAGAGACCAAGCGAGCAACCAACGGAAGAAGAGAGACCUAGCGAGCAACCGACAGAGGAACAGAAGCCAACUGAACAGCCAGCGGAAGAAGAGAGACCAAGUGAACAACCGACAGAAGAACAGAAGCCAACUGAGCAACCGGCGGAAGAACAGCGACCAAGUGAGCAACCAACGGAAGAACAGAAGCCAACUGAGCAGCCAGAAGAAGAACAGAGACCAACUGAGCAGCCAGCAGAAGAAGAGAGACCAAGUGAGCAACCGACGGAAGAACAGAAACCUUCCGAGCAGCCAGCAGAAGAACAGAGGCCAACUGAAUUGCCAACUGAAUUGCCAACUGAAGAACAGAAGCCAACUGAGCAGUCGACAGAGGAACAGCGACCAAGUGAGCAGCCGACAGAAGAAGAGAGACCAACUGAGCAGCCAAUAGAAGAAGAGAGACCAAGCGAGCAACCGACAGAAGAACAGAGGCCCACUGAACAGCCAACAGAAGAACAGAAGCCAACUGAACAGUCAACAGAAGAAGAGAGACCAAGUGAACAACCGACGGAAGAACAAAAACCAACUGUAGAACCGACAGAAGAACAGAAGCCAACUGAACAACCGGCAGAAGAACAGAAGCCAACUGAACAGCCGACAGAAGAAGAGAAACCAAGUGAGCAACCGGCGGAAGAACAGAGGCCGACUGAGCAACCAACGGAAGAACAGAGGCCAACUGAAAUACCAACUGAGGGACCUGUUGAAGAAGUACAACCUACUGCAGUAUCUGUCGAGGGAGAGAAACCAACUGAAGGACCAAUUGUAGAAGAAAAACCAACUGAAGUAGCUGAAGAGGAAAGACCGAGCGAAGCUACACCUUCUCAAGAAACUGUAGAAAUUUCAACAGAAGCAGUAGCCACAGAGGCACCUAGCCUAGGAGAACCUGCUAGCUCGUCUGCUCCUAAAGAAAUACCUGAGGUUUCGACACAAGUUCCAGAAGCUUCCACUCCCAUUGUCGAAGGAGAAGUUUCACCUACGGAAGAAGCGCAGACGGAAAGUGCUCUACCAAAAGAACAAUCAACAGCGUCUCCCACUUCUCACGUAGAACCUUCGACAGAACCUGCUAAACAAGUUCCGGAACAACCCGUAGAAGAAGAAAAACCCGAAGGCAGCACGCAGCGACCAGAAUUACCAAGCGAAGUAGCAACGUCAAUGGCUCCAAGCUCAGAAACCACCGAACAAGAAGGUAAAAUCCCCGAAGCAGGUAUUACGACCGAAGCACCCGAAGUGUCACCGACUGAACCCGCAGCUGCUAAAACGACCGUAGCACCAGCCGAGGAAACUAAAUUACCAGAAGAGGAACAGAAGGUAACUACUCCCGAGGAAGCCGGAACUGAAGCUCCAUCAAAGGAAGAGGGAACAACGCAAAUAUCCGUGGAAAAAGAAACAGAAGCAACAGAGGCUCCAGUUACAAAAGAAGCGGUCCCAGAAGCGUCAACUGCCGCGCCUGCCAAGGAAGAAAUUCCAGAAACUACUCCAUACGCGGAAGCAUCGCCGAAAGUCACGACCGAAGGACCGGUCGAACAAUCUACUCUGGCUGGAAAACUUCCAGAAGAAGAAGAAGUAGAAGCAUCGACUCAACAUCCGUACCUACCACCAACAAUUCCAGGAGAGGGCAACUGCCUCAUCGAAGGACAGUCUUACGGCAACAACUCCGCUGUUCCACCCUCUAAUCCAUGUCAACUCCAGUGCCACUGCAUUAGCAGCAUUAUUCACUGCGAUCUGGUACAGUGCCCACCGCCUCCAAGUCACUUAUCGAACUGCAUGCCUCUUCACACUGGCAAAGACUCUUGCUGUCCGAUGUACACUUGCGACUCGACACCUACGGCCGUCUUGGAGUCCGAUAACCACAUGAUCGAACACGAGACACCCAAGUACGAAGAAGAAGAGAAAGAACAGAAGACUGUAGCACCUCCAGAACCCGAAAUCAAAGAACUCUCGACUACCAUAGCGCCGGAAGUGCACGUACCCAUUGAAGAGACGAGCGAAGAGACGGCCGCGCCUGGUUUGACCGAGGAAACGCAAACGACGCCGAAAUCAGCCGAACCUGAGCACGUACAAACGACUACAGUCGGAGAAGCUGCCAAAGAAACUGAAGAACAUACUCUUAGUCCAGUACCCCCAGCGCAGGUAGAGUCUUCUAGUCAAAUUCCUGCAGAGGAACCGAAAGAAACUCCAUCGGAAAUACCAAGCACUUCGGUGAAGAGCACGGAAGUACCGGAAGAAGAAGCAACGAAGAUGCCAUCAACUGAGCAGCCACUCGAAGGACAAACUCCUCAAGUGCAACCCUCGAGUCCAGCUGCGGGUGAAGAGCAGACAAUCGCAACGACAGAGGCAGUCGAGGAAGAGCAAACUUCUGUUGGAAUCGAAAAGGAAGCUCCAACUACGACGAAACCGACCGCUGAACAGCAACCGGAAGAAGAACAGAAACCUACGGAGGGUGAACAACAGGCAACCGUUUCUCCUGCGAUCCCAGAAGAAGGUACCAGCGAUGAACCUAAAGAACCCGAAAUCCCAAGUUCUUCCGUAGCACCGGAAUUAGGAGUAACGGAAGGUGAACCACCGGUAACUGCUGAAACUGAGAAACCACUGGAAGAAGGAUCAACUCCGAGCACGGUAUCAGUGACUCAGCGUGGAGAGGAAGAGCUGACAGGAGCUAAGCCUUCGGAAGAGGAACAAACUGCUCAACCUGAACAGCCAACCACCGAAGAGGCAUCGCAGACUGUCCAACCGAGCGAAGCAGAGUCCGAAGCGCCAUCUCCUCCGUCCGUAGAAACGUCUACUCCGGAACACGAGGUUACAACAGGCGAAGACUCUGAACCAGCAGAGGGUGAGGCACCUGUGACAACGGGAUUAGAGAUCUCCACGGAAGCCCCGGUAUCUGUAUCAGAGAAAACAGCUGCACCAGGAGUAGUAACGAAGGAAGGACCAAGUGCCACUGAAGCACCUGUAGAACAAACGACUGCACCGUUGGUGGAAGCUCCAAAGAAACCAGAACCUUCUCCAGAAGAGGAACAAGCUGUACCCGCUGGAACUGAACAACCCUCGAUACCCACCACUGCAGCAGAAGAGCAAACCAAAGAGACAGUCGCACCCGAGGGUGCAGUCAAGGCAACCACGGAAGCUGUUGAGGAGCAUACGGAAGCUGCUGAGGAGCAACCUGAGAAGGUACCAGAGGAACAAGUACCAAGUUCAACCGAAGCUGCUGAGGUAGGCACUGAACAACCACCGGCACCUACUGAGAAGGUAACGACAGAGGAGGAAGCGGUUACCAAGGAACAACCAAUUGUCGAAACGAAGCCUGAACAGGAAACUGCACGACCUUCGCUGGAAGUGACUCCAUCGGGAGAAGAGCAGACACCCUCGUCGGUUUCAUCCGCUGAAGAGGAGGCUACGUCACCCGCCGUUGCUCAGGAAUCGAUUACAGAAGCAGCACCCGAAGCCACCACUCUAAGAGCAGUUCCAGAGUCAACUGUGCCUCAGGAACAAACUGAGCAGCCAGCAGUCGAGAGGGAAACAGGAGCACCUGCUACCGAAGAAACGGUUACCGAAGGAAUCAAAGAACAACCUGCUCAGCCAGGAGAACAGCCAGUAACCGAAGAAGCUCCUACCGUUCCUGUCGAAGGUGAAGCACCCAAAACUACGACACAAGCCGAGGUUUCGGAACCAGUUACGGAGAAGGAAGAACGAGUAACGGAAUCCGCGAUACCGGCUGAGAGAGGAACUACAGUCCCAGUUGCUCCCGAGGAAGAACAGAAACCCGAGGAAGGAAUCGAGAAACCGAGUGUAGAGGAAGGCGUGACAUCCGCAGAGCCAACCAAGGCACCUGUUUCGGAAGGCGAAGGAGUUACAGCUACGAGUGAAGAGCAAGCUAGCGAAACACCUGUUCCGAGUCUCGAAGCUAGUUCUACGGCCAUACCAAGUGUUCCAGUUUCACCCGAGGAAGCAACCGAGGAACAGAAACCUGUGACAGAGAGCGAAGGCGUAACGGAGGAGAAAGCUACGACUGUGCCGAGCGAAGUAAGUCCAAUUCCCGAAGAACAACCCUCCGUGACAGAGAAGAAACCAGAGGAGGGCGCUCCUGAGGUUGCACAGCAGACUGAAGCACCAUCUGUAGAGGAAGCAACGGGAACUCCGGCAGAAGAAGAAAAGGGAGAACGUACAACUCCAGCAACAGAGGUCGAAAAGGUCACUGAAGCUGCUUCCAAGACACCUGCCGAGGCUGGCUCUACCGAGACUCCGGAAUUGGGACAAGAACCGUCCGAGGCACCAGAAAAGGCAUUACCUACAGAGAAACCUAUCGAAGCUACCGAAGCUCCCGAGAAGAUAGCACCUUCCACAGAAAUUCCGGAGAAAGAACUUCCUUCCGAGGUACCAGAGAAAGCAGCAACGACCGAGGCGCCUGGCAAAGAAUAUUCGACCGAAGUUCCUGAGAGAGCAACUCCUGCAGAAGAAAUUCCAGAGAAAGAAGUUACAACUGGAGCGCCGGAAGAGACGCUUGCUACCGCAACACCAGAAACUCAUAGCGAACUUCCAGGAAAAGCCCAGCCUACUGAAGCAUCGGAAGAACAGGCUACCGAAGAACCGGUGCAAGUCCCCGAGGAAGAGAAACCUGCCGAAGUGACGGAGAAGACUCUUCCUGAAGAGGAAAAACCUGUCGAAGUAACGGAAAAGGUUCUCCCCGAAGAAGAAAAGCCCGCUGAGGUAACGGAAAAGGUUCUCCCCGAAGAAGAAAAGCCUGCCGAGGUAACGGAAAAGAUUCCCCCCGAAGAAGAAAAGCCCGCUGAAGUAACAGAAAAAAUCCUUCCCGAAGAAAAGCCCGGCCAAGUAACAGAAACGGUUCCUCUGGAAGGAGAACCAGUGGAAGGCGAACAACAAACGGUGCCAGCCGAGAAAGAAGUUUCUCAAACUACAGACAGCAUUUUGCUUAAGGGACAACUACCUGAACAAACUCCAGUUACGACCGAAGCUGCUCAAGUCGAAGAAAAGACGACCAAACUUCCAACCACUGAAGAAGAGUUAGCGCAAGCAACAACUCCAGCAGCUGAAACCGAAGCGACGUCUCCGCAGGAAGGACAGCCUCCUGUAUCUCCAGCCGAAUCCACCGAGACUCCCGUUGCGCCGGAAGUGCACGAAGCUACGACGAAGGAAGCAGAACCCAGCCAACCAUCGGAAGAAGCUGAAACCAGCGUAACUGAGGCACAACCUAGCGUGACCGAAGCGCAACCUAGCGUAACGGAAGAAGCACAGCCUUCCACUGAACCCGCAGUCGAAGUCUCUACGGAGCGCGCAGCAGAGGAACGCCCAGAAACCGAGAAGACUCCCGAGGAAGAGCAUUCAGUCCGAGCAACCACGGAACAGCCUGAAGAGAAGAGCACCGUUCAAGCACCAACUCUUCCCGAAGAGCACAAAGAGGAAGAAGCUUCCGUGAAACCUGAACAACAGGCAACCGAGGCACCCGUCGAAGAGCCUAUCACGAAGAUUCACGCGCUUCCAACGGAACCAACCCCCGUGGAAUCCACCGAAGAGGAACCAGAAGAAGAAGGAGAAGAAGGUCUUCCAGCUCACGGAGAAACCGCAUUACCGGAAACCCCAUCGACUACCGAGAAGGAAGAAUCAUCCGAGGCUGGGUUCGAACUUCCGGUUAGCUACGACGAGCAUCAUCCAGCAGUGAACCAGUCGCACGAAACCACUACGCGACCAGUGCAACCCAGUCUUCACGAACGACCCACGAGUACCCCAACACCUCAGGCACCCGAAUACCCGGACCAGACGGUGACAGGAGAAGACAACCCACACUUCCCAACGCACGGUGGCAGCUAUCUGAACCCGGAUGAAGACUACGACGAAGACGACCAGGCUAUUUACGGACCAGGCACCUGUCGAUAUGGCGGAAAGGUCUACGUAUCGGCGCAACAGAUCCCGAGAGACGACCCCUGCGACUUCUGCUUCUGCUUCAGAAGCGACAUUAUCUGUUUGCAACAGAGCUGCCCACCACCUAUCCCAGGUUGUCACGAGGAACCUAUCAGUGGCUUCUGUUGCCCGAGAUACGAGUGUCCGGUGUCGAUGGCCACGUCGCUCAACAUCACCACGACGACCACCACGACCACCACCACGUUACCACCACACUUCCACGCUCACGCAUACAAGGGCGCAGCGAAACGAAGCGGCUGUCAAAUCCGCGGUCAAGCGUACCGUGUCGGGGAAGUCAUCAGGUCCGCGUCUGGACCUUGCCUUCAGUGCACUUGUGGCGGAGACGGUAACAUGAAGUGUGAUCCACGAGUGUGUAGCCCGGAGCCGAUGUUGAGGCAAAUGAUCGCGGCAGCCACGGCCAGAAGGAGGAGAUGAGCCGGCCAACACGAUCCCGGGGAUCCGUCUAACAAGCACACGCACAAGGAAGUCUGGAGCAGGAUCAGUGUUGUAUAAAAGUGAAUUAAAACAAAUAUUCUAAACUAUCUAAAUGUCGCGGAACACAGACUGUAAUGUGCUUCGGCGAUCACGAACUGA